AUGAGGAGGGCGAACAAAGUGGCCAUUGACGGACUGCGGGGGAAAACGCCAGACAUCCAGUUUGAAGACGGAGGGGAAUUAACGGUUGGGGUCGGCCCUGUCACCGCCAGAUUCCUCAACAGAUUCUCUGCACAUGCCUUGGGUCGUUCCGUUUACCCUGACUCUUCUCGCUUCAGAAAAGUCUUUUGGUUUUUCGCUUUCCUCAUCGCUACGGGAUACACGAUAUAUGGAAUCAUCGACACCAUCAACUUGUACAUGGCUGGUCUUCUGAUGACCUCCACCCAGAUGGUGAUCCGGGACAAACUCCCCUUCCCGACCGUCACGAUCUGCCCCAACAGGCCAUCUUUAAAGGACUCCUUCGACCUCAAAGAACUGUCCCCGCCCCACCUGGGACUCUUCAAGCUCAACGAAGAUCUCGUAGCAGUGAUCCAAAGUCUCUCGAGGCCAGAAAAUUCGUGUCGGCAGACGACGGAGGAUUUCUCAACCCUUAAUAAUACGGACUUCAGCAGCAAAAAUAAUGACGGUCAAAAGACCUGCAUCAAACCGUUCGAUGCUUUAUUCCGUCUGGCAAACCCGUCAAAGGAAUAUUUGAACUGGGUCGAAGUACUGAUGGGCAGCAAUUCCUACACGUUGGAAGACUUCCGGAAAAUUAUAGCCGGGAGCAUCCAAGCUGUGAUCUUCGACAUCUCGAAGUCGAUUCGCAAUUGCAGCUUCAAUGGGAAAACUUGCACAUUGGAGGAUUUCACAAUCGUGGAGACAGACAUUCUUGAGAAAUGCCUCACCUUCAACUACAAGGGGGAUAAAGAAAUCGAUCGUUUGAAGACUACAAUAUCUCACAACUUCGUUUCCAACAUAAAGGAUAUAAACUUUGGAGAGGAAUUCCAGGUCGGCAUGAAUCCCACGGACGGACUUCAACUGAUACUUGCGUCCUAUUCCUCCAAAGACGCGAUCAUCCACCCUCCAGGCGAGGGAUUCCGGCUCGUAAUUCACAACCCCGACACCGUCUCCAAUACCCUCCGCAAAGGAUUCAACGUGAACCUGCAGAUGCUGUGCGUGCACCUCUGCUACGCAACUCACGUGAUACGCAAUCUUGAGGAUGGCCGAAGCUGCAUGGAGACAUUCUUCCCAGAUCUUGUGCGGAGAAGCAAGAACAAGACCAAAGAUUGCAUCCCGCAUCAAUACAACGACUCGGGUUUAGGCGAGAAGGUCUUCAAGGACGAAGGGUUCUGUGGCUGUCCCCAACCUUGCACAGAGCGGAAAUUCCAGUGGUCGCUGACGUCGGUGCAGAUGAAUCGUGAGAAUGAUGUGCUCCUGGGUCUCUUUCCUUGGAUGAAGUAUUAUUGGAAGAUGGGGCACAAAAAAAUCGGCAUCGACGAAUUGAGAAACAAGAUCUACUGCAAUAAUCGCGAUGAGACUCUUGCCGUGGUGAAUGUCUAUUUUGAGAACAUGGCAGUGGAAGUCACAAAGGAGACUCUAAUCUAUCCUUGGUCGAGCUUCAUAGGGUCAUUGGGAGGGUUGCUGGGUCUCUACACCGGCAUCUCCUUCGUCUCCAUCAUGGAGAUCGUGGAAUGGAUCAUUGACCUUCUCCUGUACGGUUGGAGGAAGCCUCGACAAGACCAGAUGGGGCCGAAGCGGCGAAUCUUUCUCACCUGGAAAGAUGACACACCUGGUCAAGAAAAGAUGUCCACGAGGAAGGAAGUCAUCGACCUAAGGCAUAAUCUGGAAGAUCCUCCAGUCAACAAUCGUCCCGCCUUGUAG